UGGGAUUUCCCAUGUUAUAUGUAGGAUGCAAGUGGAGCUUCCAAACAAAGAACACCCGCUACCUCUGAAAGGUAGAAAAAGGUUUUUCACGGACUGGUUUCAGCUCCAUGUCUUGCUGAGGAGAUUCCUUGGUUCGUUGUUUUUGUCUCUGCCAAAAAGCAACCCCAUUUAAUAGGUCACUCCUUCUUCCACAUCACGGGCCACUAAAAUACAACAACAUUUUUAUAAUAGCAUGCAUGAAUGAUUCAUGUAUAUGAUAUGGUAGUAUACUAGACACAACACAAUACUAUAUCCAACCACAUUCAUUCAUAGCAACAAAGAUUGUUAAAGUAAGACACCCUCUUUCUUCAAGACCACAACAAUGGCCUGUGCUGGAAACAAAGUAUUUGUUUUGCUGUGUUUCUUCGUGACAACGUUGUUGUUGUUGUUGAGUUGCGGUGGUGUUUGGGGGCAGACAUCUGCUAUCUUUGCUUGUGAUGUUGAGAAGAACCCUGCUUUGGGGGGGUAUGCGUUCUGUGACAAGUCUUUGGGGGUGAAAGAGAGGGUGGCAGACCUUGUGGGGAGGUUGACAUUGCAAGAGAAAAUAGGGAACCUGGUGAAUGCUGCAGUAGAUGUGAGUAGACUUGGGAUUCCCAAGUAUGAAUGGUGGUCAGAAGCACUUCAUGGAGUGUCCAACGUUGGUCCAGGGACGCGCUUCUCCAACGUGAUUCCUGGUGCAACCAGUUUUCCCAUGCCUAUUCUCACAGCAGCUUCUUUCAACACUUCCUUGUUUGAAACCAUUGGAAGGGUGGUUUCAACCGAAGCCAGAGCAAUGAACAAUGUAGGGUUGGCUGGUUUGACAUACUGGUCACCAAACAUAAACAUAUUCAGAGAUCCAAGAUGGGGAAGAGGCCUGGAAACACCAGGGGAAGACCCUGUGCUCACAAGCAAAUAUGCAGCAGGGUAUGUCAAAGGUCUUCAACAAACUGAUGGUGGGGACCCCAACAGGCUCAAGGUUGCUGCUUGUUGCAAACAUUAUACAGCCUAUGAUGUUGAUAACUGGAAAGGAAUUCAGCGUUACACCUUCAAUGCUGUGGUGACAAAGCAAGAUUUGGAGGACACAUUCCAACCACCAUUCAAGAGCUGUGUGAUUGAUGGCAAUGUGGCCAGUGUGAUGUGUUCCUACAAUAAGGUUAAUGGAAAGCCAACUUGUGCAGACCCUGACCUCCUUAAGGGUGUUAUCCGGGGCGAAUGGAAACUAAAUGGAUAUAUAGUUUCUGACUGUGACUCGGUAGAAGUGCUUUACAAAGAUCAGCAUUACACCAAGACACCUGAAGAAGCAGCAGCCAAAUCCAUUCUGGCUGGGUUGGACUUGAACUGUGGAAGAUAUCUUGGCCAAUAUACAGAAGGUGCUGUGAAGCAAGGGCUUAUAGAUGAAGCAUCCAUUAAUAACGCUGUCUCCAACAACUUUGCCACGUUGAUGCGUCUUGGAUUCUUUGAUGGUAAUCCAAGCAAGCAACCUUAUGGAAAUCUAGGUCCAAAAGAUGUCUGCACUCCAGCAAACCGGGAACUUGCCCGUGAAGCUGCAAGGCAAGGGAUUGUGUUGCUUAAAAACAGUCCAGAAUCAUUGCCUCUCAAUGCCAAAGCCAUUAAAUCAUUGGCAGUUAUUGGACCCAAUGCUAAUGCUACUAGGGUCAUGAUUGGAAACUAUGAAGGCAUCCCAUGCAAGUAUACAUCACCCUUGCUAGGCCUAACAGCUUUAGUUCCUACAAGCUAUGCUGCUGGGUGUCUUGAUGCGCGGUGCCCGAAUCCAGUACUAGAUGAUGCCAAAAAGAUUGCAGCCUCUGCAGAUGCCACAGUAAUUGUAGCUGGUGCAAGUUUAGAAAUUGAGGCAGAAAGUCUAGACAGAACCAACAUUCUUCUUCCAGGACAGCAGCAACUUCUGGUUACUGAAGUGGCAAAGGCAUCCAAGGGACCUGUGAUUCUUGUCAUAAUGUCUGGAGGAGGCAUGGAUGUGUCCUUUGCCAAAACCAAUGACAAAAUCACAAGCAUUUUGUGGGUUGGCUACCCUGGAGAAGCUGGUGGAGCUGCCAUAGCUGAUGUGAUCUUUGGGUUUCAUAAUCCAAGUGGUAGACUACCUAUGACAUGGUAUCCACAAUCAUAUGUAGAGAAAGUGCCAAUGACCAACAUGAACAUGAGGCCAGAUCCUGCCACAGGUUACCCUGGUAGAACAUACAGAUUCUAUAAAGGGGAAACUGUUUUCUCAUUUGGAGAUGGAUUAAGCUACUCCAGUAUUGUGCAUAAGUUAGUUAAAGUCCCUCAGAUGGUGUCUGUUCCCCUAGCUGAGGAUCAUGUGUGCCGUUCCUCAGAAUGCAAGUCACUUGAUGUUGAUGGUGAAUUUUGUCAGAACUUGUUCAUUGAUAUUAACCUUAGGGUGAAGAACAAGGGGAAUCUGAGCAGUGGUCAUACAGUGUUUUUGUUCUCUACUCCCCCUGCAGUGCACAAUGCACCUCAGAAACACUUGCUGGGUUUUGAGAAAGUUCACUUGAUGGGAAAAUCAGAAGCACUGAUUAGGUUCAAAGUAGAUGUUUGUAAAGAUUUGAGUAUAGUUGAUGAACUUGGCAACAGAAAAGUUGCCUUAGGACAGCAUAUGCUUCAUGUGGGAAAUUUGAAGCAUCCUUUGAGUGUGAUGAUUUGAAACAAACCUUCAAAUCUUCAGCACUCAAUCCUUUCUUUUUUUCCUCCCUGAUUUUUGGAAAAAAAAUUAAAGGGGACAAGAAAUAAGUUGAGGUAAUUGUAGCAAAUUCUCUUAUUUCUUCUCGUUCAAAUAUAAAAAUUUGAAAUGCUUUUAGGGCA